AUGGCAAGUGAUAAUGAUAUUUUGGAGAUUAUUGCCAUUCCUAUUGAUUUUCCAAAUAGACCAUUAGGAUUUUCAAUUAAUUUCCGAACAGAAUUGAAAAAUUACUUGCUAUUACUCAAAGAAAUUACUGCCGAGCUCUCUCCAUUGGUAACUAAUGAUAAUCAGGCCAACACUAUUGCUUUCUAUUUGGAUAACAUGAGAACCAAGGCAGAUCGAUUCAUCACUAGAAAGCAUCCACUUUACGAUUAUUCACUUGGAAAGGAUGUAUUAAUUGGACUUCAUCUCCUACUAUUGGAUUCAUUCUACACAAACACCAUCACUACUCCAACACCAAAUGUUACAAUUUCAAGAUUAUUAGAAACUAGAAAUAGUUCCAUUGAAAUGCCUUCCAAAUUUUAUCCAAAAAAUUACAGAGCCGAUUUUUAUAAUAAUUUAAUUGACUCACUUACUGUGGGAAAGAAAAUGAAGUGGAAUUCAUCGUCAACUUUCAAAAAAGCUUUCAAUGGAAUUGAAUUUCUGAGAGAACAUAUUUUUGAGCUUUCUCAAGUUGGAGAGAAAUUAUUGCAAGAUGAACGAAUUUUAUUGGAAACCAUUCACAAAUAUCAUGAAUUUCUCAAAAUCAAGGAAGUUUCCUCCCCAAGUAAGGAAAUUGACUUUAUUUACCACAAUCAUUUACUUAAUCCUCACAACUUUAUUCAAGAUUGUAAACGAAUUUCAGGUUUCAUCAAAGUUCACAAUUUCAACUUUCAACCUUAA